AUGGAGAAAUACAGUGUGCUAGCGAUACUUGGAGAAGGAUCAUUUGGGAGAGUUCUUUUGGUCUGUCAUAAAAACAAAAAUCAGAAAUAUGCAAUGAAGGAAAUAAGGCUUCCUAAGGUAACUUUUAUCCAAAUGCUAUCAGAACCUGUUUUUUUUUUUUUUUUAAAUAUUCUUAGCUUGUGCUAAAGAGGUCAAAACAAGGGAAAUCUUAAAUGGGUUUUCCACAUGCCAGAUAGGUAACAUUCUGUCUCUGGAAGUGAGGAAAACCCCAAUAUCAUAUCCCUACAGGCCUAGAAAGUUUUUAGAAAAUACAAAAUUGCAUUUAACUUAAACCGUCUGCACUAUAUUUAACAUAUACUGAUCCAGCUAUAGUUAGCUGUGGUUAUGGUUGCGAUCUGGUAAAUACUAACAGCACAGUCUCAACCAUAUGUAUUCAGAAGUAAGUCUCGUUGAAUUCAGUGGGUCUAACUCAUGGAAGUCAGGUUAGAAUUGCAGUCUUAUUAGUCUUAUCUCAUUAAUGUGCCAUUUGUUUCAAGUUAGUUGUGCUGUUGUUUCAGUUAUGACUAAUUUCAGCUGGAUUGGGGCCACAGUUCAAAGAUCAGCAAGACCUUUAUUUUUAUGGAAGGCUUUUGGGUUAUUGGUCUGUAUUGUAGAUUAUAUAUUUUGCCUUUAAGUUGCUUGCCCAUUAAAUUAGUGCAUAUUGUAACUACAUUUCUACACUUUUAAAACUAUUUUAAUCUAAAUUAUUAAAUUAUUUCAAUUGUAUGCAUUUCCACAGAGCAGGAAUAUAUAUGGUACACAAUUGCUCUUAAGUCUCUUACCCCAGUCAUAAAACAGCAAACUAAACUUGACUGUUACAUCUUCUACAAUAACCACUUGGGUUGAGGCUGUUACAGAUCUCUAAUUGGAAAUAUCUCCAUAUUCAGAGAGCUCAGCAGUGCUGGCCUAUGAUUAAAGAUUAAAACAAAUUGAAGUCUGAUAAAUGUUUUCUAGAUAUCUUAAUUUGUUCCUUCAUUAUUGCAAUAACUAUACAGUAUAUUUUUCUUUACUAACUAGCAAUAUAUUUGUAGUCUGUCUUUGGUGCAGAGAAGUCCUGGAAUGAAUCUAUUUUAUUAGCUAAAAUGAAGCAUCCAAAUAUUGUCGCCUAUUUGGAGUCGUUUGAAGGUAAAUAUGGAUGCUUAAAAACAGUUUUUAGUAUUAUUAAUUUUGCAGAACCAAAGCUUUCUUUGUACUUGUCCUAUUGGUGUGGCCUUAAAAAAUAGCCUAAUAGUAAUAUAAUUUGCAUAAUAGUAUCUCUACUAAUAAAUCUUAAAUUCUCUGUACAUUAGCUGAUGGACAUCUUUACAUAGUGAUGGAAUAUUGUGACGAUGGAGAUCUAAUGCAAAAGAUUAAACUUCAGAAAGGAAAGUUGUUUCCUGAAGAUACGGUAAGAAUACAAUACAUCAGGUUAUAACUGAGCACCUUUUGGAUAUAUUCAUUUUCUGGCCUGGUUUAGGCUUCUAAUGAGCUUCUGUCCCCGGCAUAGAAUUGGAAUUAGAGCUACAGUUCGGCCUGGAUCAAAAAAGACAUAAAGAGAAUGCAUAUUGACUGUAGGUCCAUUAGAGCGGCAUUCUCUCAUACUUGCAGUAGGCUUGCCAAACAGGUUUACCAUCACUGAUCUAGUUAGUUGAUUGUUGUUGUUGUUUAGUCGUUUAGUCGUGUCCGACUCUUCGUGACCCCAUGGACCAGAACACGCCAGGCACUUCUGUCUUCCACUGCCUCCUGCAGUUUAGUCAAACUCAUGCUGGUAGCUUUGAGAACACUAUCCAACCAUCUCGUCCUCUGUCGUCCCCUUCUCCUUGUGGCCUCAAUCUUUCCCAACAUCAGGGUCUUUUCCAGGGAGUUUUCUCUUCUCAUGAGGUGGCCAAAGUAUUGGAGUCUCAGCUUCAGGAUCUGUCCUUCCAGUGAGCACUCAGGGCUGAUUUCCUUAAGAAUGGAUAGGUUUGAUCUUCUUUCAGUCCAUGGGACUCUCAAGAGUCUCCUCCAGCACCAUAAUUCAAAAGCAUCAAUUCUUCGGUGAUCAGCCUUCUUGAUGGUCAAGCUCUCACUUCCAUACAUCACUACUGGGAAAACCAUGGCUUUAACUAUGCAGACCUUUGUUGGCAAGGUGAUGUCUCUGCUUUUUAAGGUGCUGUCUAGGUUUGUCAUUGCUUUUCUCCCAAGAAGUUAGUUGGUUAGUUAAACUUAAUAUGCAGCUUUUCCACGGUAGACGUUAUUCCAUAUGCCAAAAGAGAAGUGAAUAUUUUUAAAAGUAUAACUGGAGAUAAUAAUCACAAAAUGAGAUGCAUAGUUUUAGAACAGAGAAAUAAAAUAAGAAAUAAUUUUUCUUGCCCAGCUUCUAUAGUCCUUUUUACAGUGUUUGUCCUCUAGUUUCCUUUGUCUUAUUCACGAUUGUACAAGUAGGAUACAAGCCCAUGUGCCAUAUAUUUUUCUCCUCUCCCCACAGAUACUUAAUUGGUUUGCACAGAUAUGCCUGGGUCUGAAAUACAUUCAUGACAAACGUGUCUUGCACAGAGACAUCAAAUCAAAGGUAAGUGGACCCCACUUAAUGACGGUUUUUAAUAUAAUAUGUAUUUUUAUUAAUAAUAACAUGAAACAACACAAAUAACAAAUAAUGGGUAUUGGUCACCCAGAUACCAAGCAAAAUACCGUCAUGAUGUGUAUAAGGCAGAAAAUUAUAGCAGCAUGUUAAAUGAAAUAGCCAAGCCAAACAGAUGUAUGAGUUACUGGGGGAAUAACUGUUAUUAUAAAAUUACCACCAGUCCUUUCAUACUUAGAAAUACAAAAAUCCUAAGGCUAGGUCUUUCGUAAAAUUCGGUGGUUUUGUAUUUCUUUACUUGUUGGCUUAUAAAUACUUACAUCUUGCCUUUCUUCAUUAAGAAGGGCCUAUGCCAUGGCAUUUGAUGCCAAGAGAGUCCAUGGCCAAAUGGGUGCUAUGUUGUGGAUUCCAUUUUAUUGGGAAUAUUCAAUUUUCAAUUCAAUCUUUAUUAUGGUCCAGAGACCCAACAAAUCGUUACAAAGCAAUGCACAAUUCAUACAGCCUACCUCCAGGUUAAACAAGCAUUUUGUUCAAAAGAUAGGGAUCAUUGGUUCUUGCAUCCACCAAUAAAAACUUUGCCACUGCUAAUGUUCUAGCGUUUGUCCGGUCUUCCAAUAGGAACCUGACAUAGUGAGCCUCUGAUUUUCCUGGGAAAGGUACCAGCAAGGGUAGUAUCAGUUCAGCCCUGGCUUGCUCAUAUUUUGCACAAUGCAGCAAAAUAUGUUUUAUGGAAUCCAUGUCUUGAGCACAUGAGCAAAGUCUGUCCUGGUAGGGAACUCCUCUCAACCUGCCAUCCAACACUGCAGAAGGAAAGACGUUUAGUCUGGCUUUGGUGAAAAUCCUACGAUAAUUUGGUACUGUCAGGUUUUUAAUGUACGAUGUUAACUUAAAGACAUGCCCAUAUUGUACUCCUACUGCCAGCGGGAAUAUUGGGAAUAUUAUUCUGUGGAGUAGGGUGCUGCUGCAGAUGUGUACCUGAUUUAAUUAGAGAGAUGACUUAACCCCACUUACAUCCUCCUCCAAGCUGUUGUUAGCCCUGGGAGAGAAGCUUCCAUUGCAAUCCUACAUGGGGUCUACAAAAUGGAUGAAAACAUUUAAUAUGCGUGGUAUUUAUUCCAUAAAUAAAAAGUUUGUUUGACUUUUGCUCCUCAGGGAGCGUAGAAUCCCAACUAAUCUUACAGCAGAGUGUUGAUUGACUUCUGGUUUAAUAAUACAAACACUGACAUAGAGAGUGAUAAAUUUCUCUCUCUCUCUCUCUGUUAAUGGACUCUUUUUCCUAUUUCGUAAUGCAGAACAUAUUCCUCACACAACAUGGGAAAGUAAAACUGGGAGAUUUUGGGUCUGCACUUCUUCUUUCCAGGCAAGUCCAUAUCAUACUGAGGCUGGGAAUUUUUAAAAAUUAGUUGCUAUCUGUUGUAGAAAUGUUAGUCUCUUCCUAAUAUUACUUGUGUUUGUUUCUUUUUUCUGAGCAGCCCAGAGGCCUAUGCUUGUUCCUAUGUGGGAACCCCUUAUUAUGUGCCUCCAGAAAUUUGGGAAAACACACCCUACAACAAUAAAAGGUAAGAAUUAAUCAGAAUCUCUAAGAGCACUUACUUUAAUAUUGGGUGUAAUACUAGAUAAACAAUGCAAAAAUCAAUUUAUGUAUAGCCUGGACAACCUUUGCAAAUUAGAUUCAAAUUUUGAUUUCAGAAGAGCCAUUCCUCUGAUCUUUCCAAAGUCUGAGUUGCUACUGACUAAGGGAAUUGAAGUUACAAUAUAUUUCACAACCACUAUACAUAGUCACUGACAGGAAUAUAAUUACAAUGUUGAGGUUCCCAUUGGAUUGUCAUAAAUCUUGGAUAACGUAGUAAUGAUAGCUAUGAUGCCAAGUGUGGGACAGGUAAAGAUGCAGAUGCAAAGGAACAGUUGGAGGCCUUAAAAUUGUUGAGCAAGCAGGGUUUGUAUUCAAGCCCUGCUGGAACUGGUUCCUAUUAGGAGCUCCCAAUUGGAGCACCAAUCAGCUGAUUGGCCACACUCAAGUUGCAGAAUGAGCCUGAUUCCAGUGGGGCUUAAAGCCACCACUGAUCAGCUGAUUGGUCUCACUUGGUUCAGCGGGGAAAACGCCCUGUUGAGUUCAGCCUUCCUUGUAGCAGAAGGAUGGGUCAACUGAUGUCAUUGUGACAUCAUAUGAUUGACAGGUAAGUGGCCUGGCCUACCUGCCGGGCUGGAUUUAGGUUUGAUGAGGCCCUAAGCUACUGAAGGUAAUGGGGCCCUUUAUGUGUCCAGCUGUCCUUUGCCAACAACCGAUUGUUGCUUUUUUGUAUGUUUAAUAUAUUCUGUAUGGUAAUGUACGGACCUAAUGGGUAUCUAAAGCCAUUUGCACAUAACAAAAUAUGUAUUUUAUCAGAGUAAUUGUUGAAAAGUCCAUGCAGAAUGUAGGCACCCUAUAUAUAGAAAUGAGCAAACCAGUGAUACUUUAGGGAGCAGGCUAGCAGCCGGGACCCAUGACUUACGUCAUAGGAGCCUAUACCAAACACUGUUGCUGUAUGUAGGUUUUAUUUUAUUUGUUUUUUAUCUUAUAUUUUGGAAAUGUAUGUCCAGGUUUUCUUUCUAUAUUUUUUGGGGGGGGCCCCCAAGAGAGUGGGGCCCUAAGCUAUAGCUUGUUUAGCUUAUACGUAAAUAUCACUCUUCAAACCUGUCUUUCCAGUGAUAUAUGGUCGCUGGGAUGCAUUCUAUAUGAGCUGUGCACUCUUAAACAUCCAGUAAGUACCCUUCCUUAUGUUUAUUACUUCCAGGAACUGAUCCAAGGCCAGUUUCUAAAAAUGCAAUGUGAAAAUUGACCCUUCCCUUAAAUCUUCCCAAAUACUUUUGUGGCUUGAUGUAAUUGCACGCAUGCCAUUAAUAUUGUAGGGACUGUUUAUGAUAUGCUGCAAAUAGAGGUUUUUUUUUGGUGGGGUGGAGUUUUCAUUUGGAAAGGGAAAGCAUUUACAGUGCAAACCUAUCUGUAUGUACUCAGAUUGUGGUCAAUACAGCAUACCCAUAAUAUUCGUUUUUAGGUUUGCUGUCAUGCUGUAAGUAAUAGCCUUGUACUCAGGUCUGCCGAGUGCUCUCACCACUGCGAUGGUUUCUCUGUCACAGGCUGCUCUCCUAAAAAAGGGUGAGGGUGCGGGAAUGCCAGGCUUAGGGCCGGUAUUAAUGUCAAAAUAUCAAAAAGAAAUGAUAUUUAUUGCUGUUCCAAAAUACAGUGCACAGCUCCCCUAACUGCAGACUCAAAGAAUGCUAUUUCUGAAGAUUUGUAGACUGGUCAGUUUAUGUAGAAUGUAGCGCUAGGUCUUUUGCAUGCAUUUGUAUGAAGAUAAUGAUCAAUUUGUAUACAGCAGCUAGUUUUAGGAAGCAUUUUAGUAAAUAUUUAAUGCAAGUAAAAUCAUCUGCACCCCCCCCAUCUGUUCAAUUUAGUUUCAGGCCAAUAGCUGGAAACAUCUUAUCCUUAAGAUAUGUAAAGGAUACUACAAUCCACUUCCACCUCAUUAUACUUAUGAACUUCAGUAUUUGAUAAAACAAAUGUUUAAAAAGAAUCCCAAGAACCGUCCAUCAGCUACCACGAUUCUUGCAAGAAGCUGUCUGGCAAAGUGUAUUAGAAAUCUUGCUUCAGCAGAGGUACUAUUUUGACUUAAGAAAACUGAGCAUACAUUUUUGUAGGCAGAAAAUUAUCUUUUCAUAUGAUGGUUUCAAUGAUAUUAUUAUUUAAUUAUAUUAUUAUAAUUUAAUCAUAUCAUUCAUACGUGUGUAUGUGUGUGUGUGUGUAUGUGUGUGGUUGAAUGGAAAUAUGGAUUUUUGAAAUUUUAAUGCAUUCAGCAGAUAAGUGGAGGAUUGCCCUUGUUCCCAUGUGAUUAUCUUUGGGCUCUGCUUUUCGAAUGAUCACUGACAUAUGCCACAUUUUCCUUUAUUUUUAAGUUAAUUACACCAAGGAGUUUAGACUUCUUGUCAGAAACUAGGAUUCUCUUUCAUAGCAUGAAAUAUAAUUGUGGAGCAGUUGUUCACAAGUAUGCUAAGAUAUUUGUUCACUUAAGAUAGCAAAAUAAAGAUACGUACCUUGUUCAAUUAUGAAUACUGUUCUUCAACCCUUUAAAGGAGCAAGCGAAACAUGCAAGGAGCAAGAGUUGCGAUCCAGAAUCAGAAGCCAUUGCCAAGGGUUUCUGUGAAAUGGGAUUGGAGAAAGCAGGUGAGGAUAAAUAAACAACCAUGAAGUUCUAAAGUCAUCUAUUAACUGACAUUUGAGCCAAGUUCUGACAUGGUUAUCGAGGGGCUUACUUACAUUAGUGGUCAUGAAUUACUUCUCUGAGAUUACAACCCUGUACAUACUUCCCUGGGAGUAAGUUCCAUUGAACUGAUUGGGUCUUACUUUUGAGUAGACAUGCAAAUAAUUGUGCUGAGAUUUUUGUGAAUGGUAUUGCCAACAGUGCCAAAAACAAGAAAUAUGCUGGAGGGAAGACUGAAUUUAAAAUAUUUUGAUGUGUGUUUUUUUAAAAAAAUCCAAAUAAAAAAAUAUACACUAUAACUUGGGUCAGAUGAUACAAUAUCUGUAAUCCUGUGUUCAGGAAAUAUAUUGGUGGGGGGGGUUGAAACAGGGGAACAAUUGUAAACACUCCUAAUGAAUUUUAAUAAAACAUUUCAUUAGGGAAGGAUGAGGCCUCCCUGGAAGCUGUUUUACCAAACCCUCACAGACAACAGUGGGAAAAGGGAAGAUCCAGUAGUGUCAUCAGAAUUCUGGGAAAUGCAUCUUUACUUACUUCCAGUAUUACAACCAAGGAGGCUACAAGUAAGAAUAAGAUUCAGUAUAUUUGUUUGCGUUAUUUGCUGUUAGAAAUAACAGUUGCUAUUAAAUAUGGUAUUCCUAUCAAAUUAUUUCAGAGUCUACCCCAAAUAAUCCCAGUCCCAAUUAGAGUCUCGCAUAGGAAUCUGUCUGGGAAGAGAGUCUACUGGAUGGCAAAUAAAGAACUAGCAGGCUGGAAAAGUUCACCAGACACUGACAGCACCAGUAAUGGGCAUCUUCAGACCAGCACUUUUGUGGCCUCUGGCCUCAUUGAGAAUGAGCUGGCUUGCAUGGGUCUUCGUAAAAUUAUCUUUUAUUAUUAUAUCUUAAAGGGACGUGGGUGGCGCUGUGGGUUAAACCACAGAGCCUAGGACUUGCCGAUCAGAAGGUCGGCGGUUCGAAUCCCCGCGACGGGGUGAGCACCCGUUGCUCGGUCCCUGCUCCUGCCAACCUAGCAGUUCAAAAGCACGUCAAAGUACAAGUAGAUAAAUAAGUACUGCUCCGGCGGGAAGGUAAACGGCGUUUCUGUGCGCUGCUCUGGUUCACCAGAAGUGGCUUAGUCAUGCUGGCCACAUGACCCGGAAGCUGUAUGCUGGCUCCCUCGGCCAAUAAAGCGAGAUGAGCGCCACAACCCCAGAGUCGGCCACGACCGGACCUAGUGGUCAGGGGUCCCUUUACCUUUAUCUUAUUAUAUCUUAAUUUUGUAUGCCGCCUUUGUAUCCCAGGGCGGUUCACAACAGAAAAUGCUUAGCAGCACUGGGAAAAGAGGUUGGAGACCUUCAAGACAGUAGGAUGAGGACCUUUGAGCCCUGCCCCUCUGUAUCACGGGUCUGGUUACAAACGGAGAAUAUGUAAGAUUGAGGUGAAGCCAGCUGGAAGGGAAAAGAAGGGUCUGUGCUUGACCAAUUAGGCAAUCCUGUUAAAGCAACCCGGAAUGUGUUUUUUGAAAAAACUAAUCUGGAAACGUUUCUGCUAUAAUUCCACCUGUGUCUGUGUUUUAUCUAUGUCUGUUUUAAUUUUUGUGAGGCUCCUUGAGUCCCACUUCAGGAGGGUGGGACUGGAGUGAGGAGAUAUGUAUAUAUAUAUAUAUAUAUAUAUAUAUAUAUAUAUAUAUACACAUACAUACAGUGGUGCCUCGCAAGACGAAAUUAAUCCGUUCCACAAGUGUCUUCGUCUAGCGGUUUUUUCGUCUUGCGAAGCAGCCCUAUUAGCGGCUUAGCGGAUUAGCGCUAUUAGCAGUUUAGCGGCUAUUAAAGGCUUAGUGGCUUAGCGGCUUAGCUGCUAAAAGGCUAUUAGUGGCUUAGCGGCUUAGAAAAAGGGGGGGGAAGCGAAAAAAAAUCUCAAGACUCGCAAGACAUUUUCGUCUUGCGAAGCAACCCCAUAGGGAAAUUCGUCCUGCGAAGCAACUCAGAAACGGAAAACCCUUUCGUCUAGCGGGUUUUCCGUCUUGCGAGGCAUUCGUCUUGCGGGGCACCACUGUAUAUAUAUAAAAUUAAAUUAACUACUACAGUGGUACCUUGGGUUACAUACGCUUCAGGUUACAUAUGCUUCAGGUUACAGACUCCGCUAACCUAGAAAUAGUACCUCAGGUUAAGAACUUUGCUUCAGGAUGAGAACAGAAAUUGUGCUCCGGCGGCAGCAGGAGGCCCCAUUAGCUAAAGUGGUGCUUCAGGUUAAGAACAGUUUCAGGUUAAGAACAGACCUCCGGAACGAAUUAAGUACUUAACCCAAGGUACCACUGUACAGUCAUACCUCGGGAUAAAUAUGCUUCAGGAUAAGUAUUUUCAUGUUGCGCUCGUGUUACUUCCAGGUUUCGCGACUCGCACAUGCGCAGAUGGUCAAAAUGACAUCAUGCGUGGAAGCGACGAAAUGUGACGCGCAGUCGCGUCUUACGUUCUAUUCAGGAUGCGAACGGGGCUCCGGAACAGAUCCCGCUCGCAUCCUGAGGUACCACUGUACUACUAUGACUAAUUGUUAUUAUUUCUGGGGAUGAGACCAAAAUUUUAAAGUGGGUCUUAGGAGGGAACCAUGCCUAUUAUAAACUGAGCCAAACCCCUCCUCCGAAAUGAAGCUCCGUUUCUCAUUAGCUUGCUUUCGUAUCACGUAUCCCCAGUCUUCUCUACUACUGGUUCCGUCUUCUCUCCCUCCAAGAAAAGGGGGGGGAAAGGUGUGCAGAGGAGGGAAAUGGGACUGGUACUUGAAUGACUAGUUUUUUUCCAGGCUUUCAUAGAAGAGAAAAAGUGUUGAAAGGCUUUGCCCUUUCUGAACUGAGAUGGGCUAGUAAUGCCCAUUUCUAGUAAGUUCACAUUAUACAUGAAUAGACAUGAAAUGGCAUACUUAUGUGGAAACUGAGGGCCAUAUUCAACUAAAUACCGUAUUUUUCGCUCCAUAAGGUGCACCGGACCAUAAGGCGCACCUAGUUUUUAGAGGGGGAAAUAAAGAAAAAAAAUCUUAUUUCCCCCCCCCAGCCCUAAAGAGCAGCGGACAGGCUGCGCACAGCCUGUCCGCUUCUCCUAGAGCUACUGGGGAUGCCGGGGGAUGCCUGGGUUCUCCCCCCAGCCCCAAAGAGCAAAGAAGCCAAGACAGCCAGUGGGAUCCAUCCCGCUGGCUGUCUUGGCUUCCUCUUUAGCCGCACGCAACCUCUCCAGCUGGGAGAGGCUGCACGGGGCUAAAGAAGCCAUAGCCGCGGGCAGCCUCUCCCUGCCGGAGGGGCUGUGCACGGCUAUCCCUGAAGCCUUCGGAGCGCAGCGCGAGUUCCCACUGUGCUCCGCAGGCUUCAGGUUCCUUUUGCUGAAGCCAGGAGAGUCUUGCUCUCCCGGCUUCAGCAAAAGGAACCUGAAGCCUGCGGAGCACAGUGGGAACUCGCGCUGCGCUCCGAAGGCUUCAGGCGGCUAUCCCUGAAGCCUGGAGAGCGAGAGGGGUCAGUGCGCACUGACCCCUCUCGCUCUCCAGGCUUCAUCGAAAGCAACGCAAAGCCUCUGGAGCGCGGAGGGAGCGCUCCCUCUGCGCUUCGGAUGCUUUGCGUUGCUAUCGCUGAAGCCAAGGAGCCUGCAUUCGCUCCGUAGGACGCACACACAUUUCCCCUUAAUUUUUGGAGGGGAAAAAGUGUGUCCUAUAGAGCGAAAAAUACGGUAGUUGUCUAGCAGGAGCCAGCACAAUGGGACUUUCCUCUCCUGACUUUCCUCAGUUGGCUUGGUGGUAGUGCAUGGCCGGAGCAGAGGGGAGAUCGUUCCAGCAAUUCAAGCAUUUCUGCUUGCCUCUAAUUAGUGCAGUGUUUAAUUCCUCCUUGAGAUUCUGUACAGCUCAGUAGCAACAGUUUUAAUUUUUCAAUUGCAAGGAGCUGACAGGUGGAUCCAGGCACAUCCAGCCUUCACAGGCUAGCACUCCAUUUGCAUGACACCACUUGUGAGAAACUGUUUGCUGCAAGUCAGCCAACCUUAAUCGCCAUUAAGGCCUGAUGAAACUCUGACAGACCAAUCGGUGAAUUCCAGUUCAGCAAUUUCACACACUUCCUGCCCUUUAAACUAGGGGUGGGCAACCUGUGAGCUACUCGUUGGUCUUUUCUGUAAAUCAGUGGUGGCCAAACUUGGCCCUCCAACUGUUUUGGGACUACAACUCCCAUCAUCCCUAGCUAACAGGAUCAGUGGUCAGGGAUGAUGGGAACUGUAGUCCCAAAACAGCUGGAGGGCCAAAUUUGGCCACCAAUGCUCUAAAUUGUUGUUUUUAUUUUUGGCGACUUGGUGUGGGUUACUGUCCUAACAUUGUAAUGUCUUACUAUUUGUGUGAAAAGGUGGAGAUGUAAGAAGAUAUGAUGAAAAUGUCACACGAAAGCAGUGGACCAAGGAGCCUCCGGAAACCUUGAUGAAUAUUCUUCGCAAUGCUGAUGUUAGCUUAGCUUUUAAAACAUACACAAUCUGCAAAGGAGGUAAAUCAUAAUGGUAGCAGGGGCGUGACACCCAAUAUGGGUUAAAUUGCUGGUCAGGGCCCCAAUCCAUAGAUCAAGGAUAAGGAACCUUUUAGGCCUGGUGAACCGGAUUGCUGUCUGUUCUCUCACUCCCACAGUUCAGCUUCGACAGGUGGGCUGGACAAGCCACCUGUCAAUUCACCUGGCAUUAUAUGCCCUGCCCACUUGUCAGAUUCGCUUGUGCAGCCUCUUCCCAAGUACCUGACAGCCAGCUGAUGGUUAGGCCCUUCAGAACCGCAGUGUAGGGGGCUUUGCCUUAAGCUUAAAAAAAAUUACAAGGCAAAAUUAGACAAGAUCAGCCUAGUGCCAGUGGUGAAUAGGUCUAUGGAUGUAAUGGUGAAUAUUUUAAAAUAAAGGGUUGUAUCGAACAAAGUUAUCCAUUUCACAGAAAGACUUCUUGUGUAAGGAACUUUCCCUCCCUCUACCCCCUCCGGUAAAGGUAAAGGGACCCCUGACCGUUAAGUCCAGUCGUGGACGACUCUGGGGUUGCAGCGCCCAUCUCGCUUUACUGGCCGAGGGAGCCGGCAUAUAGCUUCCGGGUCAUGUGGCCAGCAUGACUAAGCUGCUUCUGGCGAACCAGAGCAGCGCACGGAAAUGCCGUUUACCUUAAACGGCAGGUAGCAGGGACCGAGCAACGGGAGCUCACCCCGUCACAGGGAUUCGAACCGCCAACCUGAUCAACAAGCCCUAGGCUCUGAGCAGGUAUGCAAGGGGUGUGCAAGAAGAGAUGAGGGAGGGAAAGUUUAACUGCAAAAAACCUUGCGUAUAUGGGACGAUCUUUUGGAUACAACCCAAAAAAUAAAAUCUCAGAUAAUGGUUAUAAAGAGGGGGAAAGCAACAGGGAGUUCUUUGUCAUUGACACAAAAGCUUUCACCUCUUAAUGAGAUAGACUUUUACAGGAACAAAACAGGAAAUGAAAUGAAACAGGAAGUAAUGAUGGAGUAAAAUACAUUGUUCUUAUAUUGAACUUAAUACUGAAGCUGUUUAAUUAUCGCAGGGACAGGACUGAUAAUUCCUGUUUUCAUUUUGCUAAUGUUAAAGGCUCUGAUGACCUUCUAAGAGGACCACUUACUGAAGAUAUCAAAACAUCUGAUGAACCAGAUGGUGAAACUAUUAUGGAGGAUGUAGAGAGACUUGAACCUAGAUCAGAUGAUGAGGACACGUAUGUUCAAAUACAAUUUGAAAGCUUUAUUCUUGGAGGUUUUUUUCAUAUCUUGAAACAACAGCUCCAAAAGAAACAUUCCUUAUCUAAAACCCAGCUAUCUAUAGUUUUGUAUCAUUUUCUCGCUUUUGAAGUAGCAGCAGUGUUAAGAAGCACCAUCUUGAGGAGUUUCUGUAUGUGAAACUUUAGAACCUGCCUUCUGAUUGCAGUCUCCCUCUCCAUUUGUUAAGCCACUUUUGGAACUUGGGGGAUAUUUUAGAAUGAAUUGUCGGUAUUGGAAGCCUAUGGGUCAUGUAAAUCUAUGUUUGUUACAUGGCCACCGGUUCAUGUGGUCUCUAGAAUCCAAAUAUGCCAAUGGUGGAGAGAAGUGUCAGCCAUUUGCAAGUUAUGUUCUAUGUCUAUAAACAUAUUGAAGAAUAUUCAGAACAGAAUGAUAAAGCUGAUAUGAGAUACAUGAGUGUUUUGUGAAGAAGGAACUAGGAAUAUUUAAGUGGAGGACAUCAUAGUAAUUUCCAAAAUCUAAAACGCUGCAUUGAGGAAGGAAAAAACCCCACCCAACUCUCGCAAGUCCUUAUUAAAGAAGUGUUGUGUACACCAAGGAUGGAUACUUCCUCAUAAUGUUAAUACAACUUCCAUCAUGGCUGAUCCCUGUUUAUGUUGGGUGGGAUUGGCAGGAUUUGAAGUCCUGGUAUUUAUAAUGAAUUGAAACAGCUUAAGUUUGGAUAUUUAGAAAAAUAACAUGGAUUGGACAUUAUAACAAAUUGUUCUGGAAAAAUGCUAGAAUCUACAGGACUGUUUUUAUAGGUAUAAUAUAUUAUGUAGACACCUUUAAGUCUUUGGAGGUCAUUGCAGUAAAGUAGAGGCCCUUCCAUUUCUUUAGUCCAAUUAUUUUAUUUAAACCAUGUUAAAAUUUGGCUCUUUUGCUUUCAUUUUGUAGGGAUUUUGAAGCAGAUGAUGAUCCAGACUGGGUUUUUGAAUUAAAAAGGAUGACCAAAAUGGAGAGUGAAUAA